CAAAAGUUCAACACCUGCGCUGCCCCCACUGGUUGAAUCAGGGAUCUACACUAUUUGGAUAAAAGUAUUGGGACACCUAGAGGAGCUUCCAUGACGUCUAACAGCUUCCCCUCUUCUGUGAAGGCUUUCUACAACAUUUUGGGGUUUGUCUGUGGGAAUUUCUGUCCCAUUCAUCCAGAGGAGCAUUUGGAAAGAAGGGACCGUCCUGUGGUCUGGGACUGCAGCUUCCACAGCGGGCUGGUUUUCCAACAGUCCCUGCUUUGUGUUCCACUGCGCCUGCAGCCCCACACUCCAACUUCUUCAUGAGACUGAUUUUUGAUUUCCGACCCGAACCUCCGAUGAUGAGAAUGCAGUUAAAGGUCUGUCUCAUUGCAGCUCUGCUACUAUGCUAUGUCGUAUUAACUUGUGCUGCAGAACAUGACAAGAGAAAAGGUGAAGAAUUUCAAAGAAGUGAUAAAAACGCCAACAGCAACAUAGAGGUGAAGAAAAAUGACACAUCACAUGUUGGAAGAUCUAAUGUUGGGACUGCAGGGAGGAAGGUUGCGAAGACAGGAAGUCAGAGAAUUUCCAUGGGACCAAGAAGUGAUAUCAGCUGUACAAGGCUGGGAGGCAUCUGUCAACCAAAGCGAUACAUCUGCUUAGGCCAAUACCUGAAAGACAAGUGUUCAGGGGCCAAGACGCGGCAGUGUUGUACACCAGUUGGAGCCUGGAGUGUCCUUUGUGCUGGUCAUCACAACAACAGAGUGAGGGCCUGUGACGUCCACGGCUGCGGAGCUUUCAACUCCAAAAGAGGUAAUGGCCUCCACAAAGCAGUGGACCUGGUGUGCGAUGACUAUGGCAUUGUCAACGCUCCGUUCUCAGGAACACUGGCGGGUCCAGUGAGUCGGAAAAACCGGGCAGGGAAUGAGUAUGAUGGAGUCAAGUUAGUCAGUGAUGUGCACUGUGUGAAGAUUUUCAACAUUCGUCCUUACCGUUACAUCGGCCCAGCGCCUCAGGGCCAAGCCUUGGGUUAUCUGUUGCCGCUGCAGGAACGUUUCUCGGGUAUCACCUCACACCUGCAGCUGCAAAUGUGUGACGACAGUGACCCUUCACAUUUCAUAUGACCCUCUGAAUUUCAUCUGUCAUGCAACAUUUGACGACUUAACUUUUUGCAAGACUCAAUUUGAACUGAAAUUCAAUCCCAGAUGCAUAAUUACGACUCAUUUGUAUAAGCUCUUCAGAUCACAGUCACACCAGACUUUGGUCUCUCUCAUGACAUCAUUUUUAAGAUAUCUCACACUUUGGGAACUACAUUGUUCGAUCUUUUUCCAUUUAAUAUGUGGUUAGUUACUAAACAUUUCUAAUUAAUAUGACACAUUUCCUUCCUCUUUCCUCCUUUGUUUUGAAAAUGUUUCAUUGACUCACAUCACCA